AAGACUUGACAUAAUUUAGGUGUGCAUAUAAUUAAGUGUGCCAAAUUUGAAGAGACUUUUAACAGUUACAUCCUAAAAUUAUUAAUUAAGUACUCAUUGGAGAAGCUCUAUAAAAGCAGCUAAAAUUAGUAAAAGCAACAUUCAUAAAAAAAAAAAGAAUUGUUUCUUUAGUGAAAAUGUACUCUUCCCUUUUUACUAUAGUUUCUUUAGUUAUCUUCUUCUUGUAUUUCAUUCUAGUUAGUAAAAACAAAAAAAAAAAGAAACAAGGUUGCCUCCAGGUCCAUGGAGACUUCCUUUUAUUUGAAGUCUUCAUCACUUGAUUGGAAGAGGAUUUUUGCAUCCUACUCUUAGAAAUUUAGCACAAAGGUAUGGGGGUGUUAUGUACUUACAAAUUGGAGAAAUUCCUGUUGUGAUCGUAUCAUCAUCUACUAUUGCAAAACAACUUCUAACAACUCAUGAUCUCGCCUUUUCUGAUAGGCCACAAUCUACGUCCACAACCAUCCUAUUUUAUAAUAAUAAAGAUAUUGUAUUUAGUCUAUAUGAUAAUUACUGCAAACAAAUGCGUAAAAUUUGUAAGGUACCAACUUUUUAGUACAAAGAUGGUCAAGUCCUUUAGUACGAUUCGUAAAGAUGAGAUUUCAAGUCUCAUUUCAUCGAUUCGUUCAACAAAGGGUUCUCCAGUUAACAUGACAGAAAAAAUAUUUUGGUUUACCAAUUCUGUCACUUGUAGUGCAGCAUUUGGGAAGAUGUUCAAAGAUCGAGAUGAGUUUAUAAAAUUGUUGAAGGAUAUAUUGAUAUUAGCGUCAGGAUUUUAUGUGACUGAUUUGUUUCCUUCUUGGAAAUUACUUCACAAACUGAGUGGCGCGGAAUCUAGAUUGAUGAAUGUUCAUAAAAAGAUUGAUGAAAUUAUGGAAGACAUCUUAAAGGAGCAUCUUGAAAAUAAAGCAAAUAGAAAUAAGAGAAUUGGUGAUCAACUUGGAGGUGAAGAUCUUGUUGAUGUUUUACUUAACCUUAUGGAGGACGCUGAACUUGAAUGUCCAAUCACAAAUGACCACAUUAAAGCUGUGAUUCUUGAUGUUUUUAUUGCUGAAAGUGACACUUCAUCUACAGUUACUAUUUGGGUAAAUGAUGAAAAAUCCAAAUAUUAUGGCGGAAGUGAGAGAAGUGUUUAGGGGAAAGAAAAAUUAUGAUGAUGAAGAAGAUUUGGAAAAAUUGACAUACCUAAAAUUAGUGAUUAAGGAGACAUUAAGAUUACAUACACCAGCUCCUCUUCUAGGACCUAGAGAUGCAAACAAAUGUUGAUGGAUAUACCAUACCUCUUAAAACUAAGGUUUUAAUAAAUAAAAAUCCUGAAAGUUUUAUACCAGAGAGAUUUGAUUUUAUGGAAAAUCAUUUUGAAUUUA